UCUGAUGUUUAACCACUUGAGCCUACAGUGGGAACCCCACUGCCUGCAGAACCUCCCAAGAGCCUGCAAACUGGUGGUCACAUUGCGGAAGCCUGCGGUGGUGACGUCAUCCCAUGACAUCGACGAGGAGGAGGGGACGAUGAAGUCAACACACACACACACACACACACACACACUACAGUACAUAAACAUAGACGCGCACGCACGCACACGCACCGAGUGUGAGUGGCUGUCAGCGAGUUUUUCCACGCUCUUCUCUCCCAGACGUGUAAUGGUCGGUGGCCUCUUGUGCCCCCUGUUGGCCGCCUGCGGGCUCCUCCUGCUGCCGUCCGCCGCCGCCGUUCACUCCAACUACAACAACGGCUUCUACUACCAUGACGUCGGCAACGCCAACGCCAACGGGGAGAUCUAUUUCAACGGUGUGCGUCUGUACGUGGAGUCCUCGCAUCCGUCCGUGUCAGCCACCACGGGCAGCAGCGUCACCCUUCCCUGCCACUUCCACUACGAACCCGAGCUCAGCGCGCCGCGCCGGACGCGGGUCAAGUGGUCUUGGUUGCCCGCCAAUGCCGUCGGCGAGCCCGCUGACCCCGCGGAGGCGACGGCGGAGGCCUACGCCGUGGAAACGCAGGUGAUGGUCGCCAUGGGCAACCGCCACCGCAGCUAUGGCGGGUUCAGGGGUCGGGUCCGCUUGCGACGCUCGGCGCCGGGUGACAUGUCGCUGGUCAUCAAUGAGCUGCGACUCAACGACAUGGGACGGUACCGAUGCGAGGUGAUUGACGGGUUGGAGGACGAGAGCGUCACCGUGGAACUGGAGCUGCGAGGUGUGGUGUUUCCCUACUACUCGGACAAAGGCCGCUACCACUUCAAUUUCCUGGAUGCCCAGCAGGCGUGCCAGGUUCAGGACGCCACCUUGGCCACGUUUGAGCAGCUCUUCACGGCGUGGGACGAGGGCCUGGACUGGUGCAACGCCGGCUGGUUGGCCGACGGCACCGUGCAGUACCCCAUCACCGCGGUCCGCGCCGGAUGCGGGGGGUCCGACUUGGCUCCGGGUCUGCGCAGCUACGGUCGACGCCAUCGGCUCCUCCACCGCUUCGACGCCUUCUGCUUCUCCGCUUCGGUUAAAGGGACCGUCUACUUCCUACAGAGCUCGUCCAAGCUCAACUUCACCGAAGCGGUCCAGGCGUGUGCCGGGAACUCCAGUCACGUCGCCAAAGUGGGCCAGCUGUAUGCCGCAUGGAGACUCACGGGAUUGGACCGCUGCGAUGCCGGAUGGCUGGCGGACGGUAGCGUUCGCUAUCCCAUCGCAAAGGCCCGCGCUAACUGCGGCCCGCCGGAACCGGGGGUGCGUAGCUUCGGGUUCCCUCCGCGUCACCAGAAGUUCGGCGUCUACUGUUAUCGGUAGAUUCUCUGAGAGGUUAGCUUUAGCCUGCUAGCGCAUGGGCAUUAUUGAGGCUGUUUGAAUGAAUUGCUCUCCUCUUUCUCCAUGAAACCACAACUGACUGUGAUGACAACUUAUUAACGCCCCCUUUCUCACUGCGCGGUACUCGCUUGGCUCUACUCGCCUCGCUUUGGGGCAGUAGAUUUUCCACCUCAUUAUAGAACUUGCUUAGUGAUCGAGGAAAGCUGUGAAAACCACGUCUUUGAAAAGAAAGAGGGCAGCAAGAAAACGGAGCGCUGAAGCAAGGCGGGGACUGUGGCGCGUGCAGUGUCCAGAGCCAGGAAGCCGCAUCGGGGUAAGCUAACGUUAGCAUGUUUGUUUUUGUAGCCUGCGUAUCCUCAAAUGUUACUGUUACAAUGAAUGAACAUGCUUUUGUAGAUAUCAAAGACGAUUUAGUGGCCAACAAACUUUACGUACAUGUUUUUGUCAACAUCGAAGACCAUUUAGUCUUUUUGAACCCAACAUAGGUGUUUUUGCAAAUGUAAAAGACAAUUUAGAGUCUAGACUCUAGCAUACAUGUUUUGUAAACAUCAAACAGAAUUUUGAGUCUUAAAGCGAGCCAAAACAUACGUUUUUAUAAACACUGAACACAAUUCAAUCUUGAAUGAGCCUAACAUGAGUGUUGUUGUAAACGUGAAAGAAAGUUGGUCUUUAAUUAACCUAACCGGUGUUGUUGUAAACAAACAAAACCCUUGAGAGUGUAGAACCAAUGUACAUUUUCUGUAAACAACAUCAAAGACAAACUAACCUUUACUGAACCUAACAUGCUUUGUAGAAUCUAACGUACGUGUUUUAAUGAACAUAAAAGAGCACGUUAUUGUAAACAACAAAGACAAUUAGUCUCUGUUGAACCGAACAUCCGUGUUUUGGUAAAACUUGAGGACAAUUUAAUGUUUUUGUGAACAUUAAAGACAAUUUAGUUUUUAAUGUACAUCACAUUUAUGUAAUUAUUAUUAUUUUUAAAACAUCAAAGAAAAUUUUACCCCUUUGUAAACUUUGGAGACAAACCAUCGAAACGUCACUAGCGAGUAGAGCCAUGCUGAGACCAAUGGGUACCGUGCAAUGGAAAAGGGGCAUCGGGCCACUAUGGGACCACAUGUACACAAUAUGGACAAAAGUAUCGUGUUUCAGUGAAUGAAUCAACCAGAGGUAGGACACGUGGAAGCCGUUUUCUUUUUCUUUUCUUCCCCCCCCCCCACUUCCUGCAUUGACGCGUCCCAAUACCUUUGUCCACAUUGUGUAUGUCGCUCCAGCAAGACGGACAGACGGAUGAAGAUGAUUGUAUAUCUGCCGUAGAGACCUUGCUGGAUGUGUACUGAUUUUUUUAAGGACUUUUGGAAAAAAAUAAACCUUUUGGGGUAUAUUUGGGCACACAUACCGUACAUCUGGCGAAAGGGCACCUCUCACUUGUUUACUGAAGUAUUUUAAAGAUCUGUGACUCAAACAUGAUCAUAUAGUGUUUUAUUUUCAUUAAAAAGGUGAUUCAAUGUCUUUGCGUGAUUGAUAGUUUGGUAAUAUUUUCACUCGCAUGUGCAAUGGAAGAUAACGUAACCUUUUCUUUUUAUUCAUACUGGAUAUAUAAAACAUGUCAAUGCAUUUUGUAUCUUUUUUUAUACAAAGCAAUAAAAUCGCUCUGUUCA